AUGGAUGCGUCCGUUUUCGCUGCUAGCUGCACCAUAUUUACUAUCAGCUUGGUCGCAGUUGGGUUGCGUUUCCAUUCCAGGCGAUUGACGAAAUGCGUUGGGUGGGACGAUUGGUUUAUACUCGCCGCUGUCGUUGUAGAGAUUGCAUUAUUUGCAGUCUCUAUCUAUUUAUGGAACGAAGGAUACUACCGUGUUUCGCCAGACCAGAUUGAUAGGGUGAUUCUCUGCGUCCUCCUGGUUUUCGAAACUCUCUAUUUGUGUUCUAUGUGCUUCACAAAACUUAGCGCCAUAUAUUUAUAUACGAGAAUAUUCAUCCACAAGUCGUUCCGAGUACUCUGCCUGGCCAUCGGUUCUAUUAUCAUACUGUUGUAUAUAGCAGUACUUGUACAAGUUUUCACCCUUUCGGAGGUCGCGGCAGACCUUUGGGGAAACCCAAUAUUCGGUCACGUUGUGAAUAGUAAGAAGGUUGACAUUGGCAAUGCAGUUUUCAACGGGAUCACCAACCUCGUCGUCCUUCUUCUACCCAUACCACCUAUCUGGAGCCUGAAGAUGAGAGUGAGGUCCAAGAUCAACUUAACAAUACUCUUCGGUCUGGGGCUAUGCGUCACCGUGGUCUCCUGCAUUCGCAUAAGUGCUCUAGUACGGGCAGACAAGUAUAUAACAGCCACAGUCGUUUCCUACGGUAGUCGGGAUAUGCACCUUCGCGUCCUCGAGCCCGAAUUGGCCAUCUUCUCACUCUGCCUUCCCGUGCUGCGUCCAUUAUGGCUCAAGGUGCGAGAGAACUACGGUUACGUUACGAAGCAGUUCCGCAGCGGCCGCCAGUCUAGUAAGCUGGCCCCGAGCGAGGAGGAUGACGAAGAACAUCUAUUAUAUUUCAGUGGACCUAUCGCCAGCACUGUUACCAGCAUCAGUGCCAAUACGCCGAUACGACCAAUAGCUGACAAGGGCUUGUAUGAUAUAAUUAAGGAAAAGUCCAAGUCUAUAUUCUCUGGAAACUCAGUGCGACUACCGAAACCUGCGGUUAUAAAAGUAGAAAAAACUUGGCAGGUUUCCUACUUGACAACUGUGGAUUCUCGUUGA